AUGGCACGGGAAACUUCUGCUCUUCACCCAGAGGAGUUACUGGUGUAUGACGACGAGUACCAGGUGAUCGUUUGCCAACAAUGCAAAUACGCACUUCGUGGAACCGCUAUUGACAGGCAUCUGAAAGAAGUCCACAAGAUUCUCCGAUCGUCACGACACCCGUACAUGGCCUACGUCUCGAAGUUUCCUCUCCUCGAGCCUGACGAAGUUAUCAAUAAACCUCUGAACGAUUUUCCCGUUCCCUUCCUGCCGGUCUUCGAUGGAUUGAAGUGCAUGGAAAGCUCUUGUAACUACCUCUGCAUUUCUGUGAAGCGCAUGCAAAAACAUUGGCUGUCGGAACACGGAAGACAUGGGUAUGACAACAAAGACUGGCAACAUGCAUUACUUCAAACAUUCUUCAGGGGAAACUCGCUACGAUACUUUACGGGGCCUUCGAAGGAGCCAGCUUGCGGAGAAACCCAGGUUGUAAAAGGUUGCAUGUCACCACAGAUGAUCCAAACCUUUGGUGAUGAAUAUUCAUUUCCCUCCAGGGACGAGCUUUUGGACCACUUUCAAACGUCAACAUUCAACACAAUCGUAAGAGGCGAGGAGGAUCUUUGGCGCAAUGCUGUGCCCGAAAUUGCCGCCUCUCACCAAUUUCUGAUGCAUGCCAUUCUCGCUUGCUCGGCGUUGCAUCUCGCCGCUAAACAUCCGUUACAGCAGCAAUACCUCAUUUGCGCAUUCAAACAUCAAAGCAUCGCCAUGCCCAUGUUUCGGGACGCUGUGGCAAAGGUGACAGAAGAUAAUUGCCACGCUAUUCUAGCUUUCAUGCAUCUUCUGGUCGUAUAUUCUUUCGGUGCAGAGAGACAUGAGGAUUCCCUCCUGUUGAUUGAUAUCUCAAGCCCAGAGCCGGACUUCUUGCUGAGCUGGCUGUAUUUCCGACGCAAUGGAUGCACUCUUUUGGGAAAUUAUAAGGAGCUAAUCUCAUCUGGACCCUUGAAACAGCUCUGUCGAUGUUGGCAUCUACCAGAUAUAGCAACCGAACAACUCCCAGAGAUCAAGGAUGUAUUGCUUACAGCCCUUGAGGACUUGCUUAUAUCUCUGCACGAUGGGGGCGAACUUUCCAUGGAAGACUGCCAAGCGCUUGAGCAAGCAGGUCACCAACUGCUCCGUUCAUCUGUCAGGGCUGAUAACUUGGGCAGUGACUUCAACCCAUGGGAUGCGGUCUGCGGCUGGCCGAUGUUGGUCUCUUUACAAUACACAGGUCUUCUCGCGCAGCAGCAUCCUGUUGCUUUGAUUCUUCUAGGAUACUAUUGCUUGCUACUCAAGAAAUUGCAAGGGUACUGGUUCAUUGGCACCUAUCCUCUACGACUCUUAUAUCUCAUCAAAGAGGGGCUGGAACAUCGAUGGCAUUGCCAUAUUGAUCCUCUGAUACAUAGGUGGGAGGAGGGAUUAUAG